UCUAUUCAAAUUAAACUUUACAUUCAUCGGAAAAAUAAAGAGAAUAAUUUCAUCAUGUACAAAGCAUCUUCUAAAAAAUUGAAUUUACGAUCACGACGCGUGAUUGAGUUCACUGGUUAGUUGAAUAAGAUGGCAAGAGAAGAAGAAGAGGCGUGAGAAUGUUAACGCACUUUGUCCUACUCCUCUUACCUUCCAAUUGAUUCUUCCUCUUCACCGCAUUUACUAUUUUAAAUUCUUCUCUCUACUGGGAAGAUAGAUACUUGCGAAUAUUUUUCAUCCAGACCAGUAAACAUGAUGCCUGAACCUGUAAAGUAUGGAAACUGAGCUGCCAUUCUCUUCUCCAGCUAAAAGUGAUGGGUGUAUACCUCAGUUCCCCCAAAACAGAGAAAUUCUCAGAAGAUGGUGGGAAUGAUAGGGUAAAAUAUGGUUUAUCAUCAAUGCAAGGAUGGCGUGCAACAAUGGAAGAUGCUCAUGCAGCAAUACCUGAUUUGGAUUCUUCAACAUCCUUUUUUGGUGUCUACGAUGGUCACGGAGGUAAAGUUGUUGCUAAAUUUUGUGCCAAGUAUCUACAUCAGCAAGUGCUCAAGCAUGAAGCAUAUUUACACGGUGAUAUAGGAACUUCAGUCCAGAAAGCCUUUUUCAGAAUGGACGAGAUGAUGUGCGGUCAGAGAGGAUGGAGGGAGCUGGCUGCACUGGGGGAUAAAUUAAACCAGUUCACGGGUAUGAUUGAGGGUCUUAUUUGGUCUCCAAAAAAUGGUGAUGGAAACAACCGUGUUGAUGAUUGGGCAUUUGAGGAGGGGCCUCACUCUGAUUUUUCGGGACCUACUUCUGGAUGUACAGCUUGUGUUGCAAUCAUUAGAGAGAACCAACUCAUUGUUUCAAAUGCUGGAGAUUCUCGCUGUGUAAUUUCAAGGAAGGGCCAGGCAUACAAUUUAUCGAGGGAUCAUAAACCUGAUCUUGAGGUUGAGAGAGAGAGAAUCUUAAAAGCUGGUGGUUUUAUUCAUGCAGGACGUGUGAAUGGAAGUCUAAAUCUUGCAAGAGCUAUAGGUGACAUGGAAUUCAAGCUAAACAAGUUUUUGCCAGCUGAGAAGCAAAUUGUGACUGCCAAUCCAGACAUAAACACGGUUGAGUUGUGCGAUGAUGAUGAUUUUAUUGUGCUAGCUUGUGAUGGUAUAUGGGACUGCAUGUCAAGCCAGCAAUUGGUUGAUUUUAUACACGAGCAGCUGAAGUCGGAAAGCAAGCUUUCUGCAGUAUGUGAAAGAGUUCUUGAUAGGUGUUUGGCACCUUCUACUGCUGGAGAUGAGGGAUGUGACAACAUGACCAUGAUUUUGGUGCAAUUCAAGAAACCUUUUCAGUCUGGGGCUUCUUUAGCUGAAGAACUCCCUGCUACCACCGAGGUUAACACUGAAGGAAAACCAGCAGACUGUGGAUCUAGUUCAUAGUUCUGAGCUCCCCGUUUUGGUUGAUACUUCCAAGUCUGCAGUUGUACAUGAUUGUGUUGAUUCUAUGUAGAUCUCUACUGCAUAUGUUUUGCUUUUCUUGCUGCUGGUUUUGUAUGUGACUGCAUUUGUACUAAUUACCGAGAUGGAUUGUAUAGAUAACCACAGGUUGAUCAUUUCAUGUACUCAGUGACUUGUAGGUUG